CUGAAUCUGGAUCUGGCAACAUUACUGUGGUUGCGGAAUUCGAUCAAAACAUCAACAUGGCAUCAAGCAGCAGAAUAUUUGUUGGUGGAGCUUUAAAAGGGAAUUUCAAUUCUAGUCCAAUUAAGACAAUAGUGAGAUGGAAUGCCGCUGCGACAACUGAAGCACCUCAAAAAACAAAGUUUGGACCUCUUAAAGAUCAGGAUCGAAUCUUCACCAAUUUGUAUGGAAGACAUGAUUGGAAGUUGAAAGGUGCUCUUUCAAGAGGUGAUUGGUAUAAAACAAAAGAAAUUCUUGUAAAAGGAGUGGACUGGAUUCUGAAGGAAAUAAAAGAUUCUGGGUUACGUGGUCGAGGAGGUGCUGGUUUUCCAACUGGUAUGAAAUGGGGGUUUAUGAAUAAGCCUAGUGAUGGAAGGCCUAAAUAUUUGGUUGUAAAUGCAGAUGAAGGAGAACCAGGAACUUGCAAAGAUCGAGAAAUCAUGAGGCAUGAUCCUCAUAAAUUAGUUGAAGGUUGUCUUGUAGCUGGAAGGGCUAUGGGUGCAAGAGCUGCAUACAUCUAUAUCCGAGGCGAAUUUUACAAUGAAGCAUCUAAUUUGCAAGUUGCUAUCAAAGAAGCUUAUGAAGCAGGCUUUUUAGGGAAAAAUGCCUGUGGCUCAGGUUACGAUUUUGAUGUGUUUGUGCAUCGUGGUGCUGGAGCAUAUAUUUGUGGAGAAGAGACGGCCCUAAUAGAGUCAUUAGAAGGCAAGCAAGGAAAACCAAGGCUGAAGCCCCCAUUUCCUGCUGAUGUGGGUGUAUUCGGCUGCCCAACAACCGUUGCAAAUGUAGAAACUGUUGCCGUUGCUCCCACUAUUUGUCGAAGGGGUGGUACUUGGUUUGCUUCAUUUGGAAGACCUAGAAAUUCAGGAACAAAGCUUUUCAAUAUCUCUGGACAUGUUAAUAAUCCAUGCACAGUGGAAGAGGAGAUGUCUAUCCCUUUAAAAGAAUUAAUUGAAAGGCAUGCUGGUGGAGUGACUGGUGGAUGGGACAACUUAUUGGGCAUUAUUCCUGGUGGCUCCUCAACACCAGUAAUUCCUAAAAAAGUAUGUGAAGAUGUGCUGAUGGAUUUUGAUGGCCUUGUUGCAGCUCAAACAGCUCUAGGAACUGCAGCUAUUAUUGUGAUGAAUAAACAAACUGAUAUCAUUAAAGCAAUUGCCAGGCUUAUUGAGUUCUACAAACAUGAGAGUUGUGGACAGUGCACUCCUUGCCGUGAAGGUGUCGGAUGGAUGUUUAAAAUUAUGAAUAGAUUUGUGGAAGGAAGUGCUCAGCCGGAGGAAAUCAAUAUGCUGUAUGAAAUCAGUAAGCAAAUUGAAGGUCAUACUAUUUGUGCCCUUGGUGAUGGAGCUGCCUGGCCUGUACAGGGAUUGAUUCGUCAUUUCAGGCCACUCAUAGAAGAGCGUAUGCAAGAUUAUGCAGCUUCUAACAAAAAGAUUCAGUCUUCAAUGUAGAUAUAUUUAUUUUGGUGUAAAAAGAAAUAAUGGACUUAAAAUGUAGUCUCCAGUUCUAAUGUGUAAUAUACGAUGUGAAAAUAAAUGCUGGACUUAUUGUGUAGAAA